AUGUCUCACCGACAUGCCUCCCCGGCCUCUGGCCCUUCUCCUACUGGGGAAGUAUCUAUUAGCGAAGCACAGGAUGUGCGCAACUCCCGCGAGCAGUCCGUAACCAUGCACGAUGACACCUUGAAGUGGUCCGACGUGUCGUCAGUUGAUGAGUCUCGUGGUGGGUCUUAUGCCAUCGAGGAAGAUAAGGACAUCAUGCCUUUCGACCCAUUAGUAGGUGAGGGCUAUCAUGAGACUGAUGACAUGGAAACCCACGUGGAGAUCGAGCCUUCCAGCGCAGUGAUGGGUGGUGACGAGCCUAGUGGUUCUGGUGCCAUUCAAGAGGAAAUGGAGAUUGACCCUUCGGAAGAAGUCGUGCAGGUUGCGACUGGCGAAGACAUGGAGAUUGAGCCUUCGGCAGAAGUCGUGGAAGAUGUGCAGACUGUGACUGGCGAAGACACGGAGAUGGGUGAUAAUCCUGGGACUGGCGAAUCCAAAGAGUUGCCCGAGCGUCCGAAGCACAAGGAGAAGAAGACGCAGGCAGUCCCUACUGUGCCUAAAGAGCAUAAGCUGUUUCAGUUGAGCUCACUGCCUGCUUCGAUCCGCAAGCAGAUCAUGGAUCAGGACAGCGACAUUUACGCUGAUAUGACACAGAUCACUUCAACCAUUGGGAUGCGAACUGACGAUAUUUUCAGCCUUCGGGGCUCCGACACAGCCCCAUCGCAGCCAUCUUGGAUGAAGAAACAGGGCAGGUUAGAAUGUGUCCUAGGGUUUCGAGCGAUGGAAGCCAUGAGCACGGGCAAUUUUGUCGGACACAUCCACGAGCUUGCUCCGAAAGAAAAGGGCAAAGGUAAGCGGACUGCUGCUGCUGAACCAGCACCGAAGGUAGAAAAGGCGAAGGACGUCAUCAAGGUCUCUUUCUGUUCUGACAGUCAGUCGCCAAACAUCGAGAUCACCACGCGAGCGGACGGUACCAAAGAGGGAGGUUCUGCGAGAUUGAUAUCCACGCGCCUCUAUCUUUCUGGAGAUGUCGACUCCUCCUGGGACAACGACAAAACUGCAGCCAUCAACACCUCGACCGAGCCUGUUGGUACUCACUUUGACGUUGUCGGUAAGUCAGGCAACACAGAUAUGGCUCACAUGAGGACAAUGGCCGACGAAAACAAGCUGUUUGCCUUGAACAUCGGCCUCAAGCGAAAGCCUCAAGUAUGGACCGGAGUAUCUGUUGCAGAGGUUGAGAAGAUUCUCGUUCGCUCACACAAGGAGGGUGAACUGGCAGGGACACUAACUCGAGAUCUGAUGGUCCAGCAUCUCAACAAGUCGGAUAUGAUGACGAUCUACUUACGGGUUAGCAACCCAGAGUCAAUGGCGCAGCUGGUAGAAUUCGUUGACUAUCUCAAGCGGGUCGGCGGACUGGCUCAGGAGUAUGGCAAUUUCUGGUACUACCGGCUACGACUUGCGAAGGCAGGGCUCAGCCCCGACGACCUCCUCAAGCCCGAGUUGCCUAGAUACAACUUUCCCGUUCCACGCUGGUUAGUCACUACGUGGCAGUUCGAGGAGACGGUAGAUAAGAGCGGAAAGGUAUCGUAUUCUAACCCACAGCCUUACUACUGGGUCCCGCAUAAGGCCUUCCCGCAGUACCCGAACCCUGACGAAGCAGCCUUCCUACUGAAACUCGGCGUUUUGGGCGAACAAGCUCGACAAAAGCGAGCCCUGAUGGAGCUUGUCCAGACUGGGGGUGAGACCCUUCUCCGGGGUAUCUUCAAGAAGAUGGACGACGACCAAUCGUCUGGAACGUACAUUGUCCAGGUCUUCCUAUCCAACAAUGCCCGAACGGGAGAACGCGGGAUCAAGAUGCCUGACCUUGGAACGAGGCUCCAGCUGGUCAUUGAUCUGGUUACACCGGCGGCCCCAACACCAGCCACACAGCAGAAGUUCCGUGGAGCAGUUACUGCAGACAUGUUCCACAACAAUGCUGCAUUUGCCUGUGUGGUGAAUGGUAAGCAGAAGGCUCUGAAGCAUCUCAGUCAAGGCCAUUCCUACCCGGUAUGGCUCAGCUAUGUCAUCGACUCGGUCCCAUUUGCUCGACAGAUGGGUGGAGUGCAACAGGUUCAAGCCAUCGAUUCCUCCAACAAAGGUGACGGCAUUGAUCUCAAGGCACUUUGCUUGUUCGACGAGAAUGUACCUGCGUUGUACACCAACGCUUUGGCUACUAAUCUGGCUCCGAUGUCAGCAGACUACAAGUCAUACCUCGACGAGAAACCAGAGGGUAGCAGGUUGAACAAGGGACAGACGGAUUCAGUCAUGGCAGUUCAAUCCUCUCAGUCUGGUCUGGUCGUAAUUCAUGGACCACCUGGUACAGGCAAGUCGACAACAGUGGAUACCAUAGGCCAAGCAAUCGUCCCCCUAGGCUGCAAGGUCCUGUAUUUGGCUCCACACAACGAGGCUGUGAACAACCUGUACGAGAAGUUCGACAAGACCGCCAAGCAGGAUGCCCGCGUGCCACAGGAGUCUUACCUUCACUUCACCGGCGCAUAUGCAAAGGUCGACAAGAUGAAGAAGGCAAGAGACGACAAGGCAAAGCAGCAGGCUGUGAACCAGGAUCCGGAAAUGAGCAGCGCGGACGCGGAUGCCAUGGCUGGCGCUGAUAAUCUAGCAAUUCGCUACGCCCGUACAGCCCUCACCAACCAGUCAGCGACUCGAGACGUGGAUUGGGAGUUUGGCAGCAAACUUCUCGGAAUGAUUGAAAAGUGGGCAAGCACUCCAGAUCAUCCUCAACACCAUGAUGCUCAGGCCUACGUCAAGUGUGGCGUGGACAUUGGCUACAUUCACGAUCGCGAGGCGCGGCGAGAGAAGCUUCAGGAUCUCGAGAACUUGGAGUGGAACCUUGGUGUGUACUAUCUACGAAACCAUGUCAAUGUUUUGUUCUGUACAAACUCCACGUCGGCGCAUCCUCUUCUUGUUGCGGCAUUUGCGCCUCAGUUGAUCAUCAUGGACGAGGCUGCGCAUGAGUCUCUUGCCGGCAUGAUGGUGCCGUUCGGUGCAUUUGCCCACAGCACUCUUCAGGUGAUACUGGCUGGGGAUCACAAGCAGCUCAAAGGUGUCUUCGCAGCCAAAGACUCUAAUCUCGGGCAUAGCAUGUUGUCUCGCAACGUAUUCCAGGAAGUUGCCGAGGAUCACCGCAAACUUCACGACGUCCGUGUUCUCUACGAAGGCUACCGCAUGCUGCCUGAACUCUACGAAUUCACGAAAGGGUUCUAUCCAGAAUCCAUGGGUCGGCCAGGUCUUGAGGCUCACGCGAGUUGCAAAGACAUGUUGUCGGAUCUACGUGCGAUUGUGAGUAUGUACUGGCAAGACCGCCUACGAUCCUCGUACGAGGGCUCGCGUGUUCAGAUCGCACUCGACGUCAAUGGCAAGGAUGAAUCCGCAUUCGGUACCACCUCCAAAGUCAACAUGAAAGAGGCUGAGACCAUUGUCUGGUUGAUCAAGGACAUGCUCAGUUAUGUGCCCGAUCCAAAGGUGCAUGAGAAGCUGAUCAAGAAGCCCCAUCUUCAGACCGUCAGGAUCACUUCGGCCUCUAUUGGAGUUGUCUCUGCCUACCAAGGUCAAGCCAUCGAGAUCCGCAAACGACUGACACGGGAGAAUGUGACCGACCAACAUCUCAUCAUGGUUGCCUCAACGGGUCAGGCCCAAGGCAGGGAGAGAGACAUAGUGUUCUUCUCAGUUGUCAUCAACAAUGGAGAGCUUCGACCAGGCCACGACAGUGUGGUUCCCAUUGGGUUUACAGCCGAUGACAACAGCAUCAACGUCUCGUUCUCGCGUCAGCGUAUUGGGCGAUAUGUUGUGGGUGGUAUGCAGGCUCUGAUACAGAUGUCUGAGGACAGGCACAAGAUCUCCCAGAGAUACGGUAAGUUCUUCAGCUAUCUCAGGUCGCUAAUGAUCAAGAACAGUGUGGUCUCGGCGGCUGAAAUGAAUUUCAUCAUGGACGCGGUAAACAACCCACAGCGAAAUGGACCUCGGGAGGGAGAUGGAGAUUUGAAUCUCGUCUGGUACUUCAAGAGCAUGUGUCUGGAGAAGAACGUCAUCGAUGGUCAAGGUGGCUCUUCUAAGGCAGGCCCGAAGCCAGAUCGCCCCCAACGGACAACCGACGUCCACCAAAACGCUUUCGGCGAAACUCCGAGGCCUUCCCUUUCGAACUACAACACUGUGCCACAGCCGUUGGAUGCGGACUUUAGUGGUGUAGCUCAAGAUGGGCUCGCACCACCACCCAAGAAGGCUAGGGGAGGUCGAGGUGGCGGCGGUGGAAAUCGAGGCGGCGAUGGGAGUCGAGGUGGCGGAGAUCGUGGUCGGGGUGAUCGUGGUGGUGGUCGGAGUGAUCGUGGUGGUGGUGGUCGAGGCGGCGGUGGAGGUCGAGGCGGCGGUGGAGGUCGAGGCGGUGGAGGCCGAGGUGGCGGAGAUCGUGGUAGGGGUGAUCGUGGUGGCAGAGGAGGUCGAGGCGGCGGAGAUCGUGGUCGGGGUGAUCGUGGUGGUGGUGGUAGUGGUCAAAGUGCGUACAGCGUAGCCUGA